AUGGAGACGGAAAGCACACUUCCACGCAAAACGACAUCUGGAAGAAAUCCGCCGACUCGAAUCGUCGAUACUAACCAAAUCGUCGAAUUCACCGUGUGCAGUUGGAUACUAACGAUAUUAUCAUAUAUAUUUGUGGCCGUUACACUUCCACUUUCUGCUUGUUUAUGUAUAAAGGUAGUUCAAGAGUAUGAGCGUGCAGUCAUAUUUCGACUCGGUCGAUUAAUGCCGGGAGGAGCAAAGGGACCUGGCAUCUUUUUUAUACUGCCAUGUAUCGACUCGUAUAAAAAAAUUGAUCUCAGGGUGGUCUCAUUCGACGUUCCUCCUCAAGAGAUUCUUUCAAAAGACUCCGUCACUGUAGCUGUAGAUGCUGUCGUAUAUUUUCGAAUUUCCAAUGCUACAAUUUCGGUGACAAAUGUGGAGGACGCUUCACGUUCAACGAAGUUGUUAGCACAGACGACCUUACGGAAUAUUCUUGGAACGAGAACCCUUGCCGAAAUGUUAUCGGAUAGGGAAGCCAUCUCACAUCAGAUGCAGAGCACACUCGAUGAGGCAACAGAUCCAUGGGGAGUUAAAGUGGAGCGAGUUGAGGUGAAGGACGUCCGAUUGCCACUGCAAUUGCAGCGAGCGAUGGCAGCCGAAGCUGAGGCAACACGGGAAGCUGGAGCUAAAGUUAUCGCCGCUGAAGGAGAGCAGAAGGCAUCACGUGCUCUACGCGAGGCUGCUGAUGUGGUGGGUUUGCUGAUCAACCUUUCAAAGGGCUUGGAGCUGGACAAGUCGAACUGUUGCUUUCAUACUCAGAUGGGCCAAUUCAAAAAAGAUCAUUGCGUCAUCUCCAUGCGCAAUACAGCUGCGUUACCUCCAAACGCUGAACAGUAUAAGCGCCGAGAAGAAUUCAACGAUAAUCUUUCCAUUCCCAAUUGA